AUGGUAAAAUGGAUGAAAGCGAUGAAAGAAAGAACACAAAAACUUAAAAGAUCCACCAAACCCCAGCCUCCCCAGCCCGCUAAGCCCGCUGCCACCGCUUCCUGGAAGGACAGAUUGAACCACGACGACUACGAAGAUCUCAAGAACACCUUUGAAAUCUUCGAUGAGGAUCACAGUGGUAGCAUUGAUCCCGCCGAAAUCAACAAGGUUUUGGAGGAGCUCGGCCUCGAUAAGAGAAACCCAUUCGUCCUGUCCCUCAUCCACGGACUGAGAGACGUUAACCACCCCGUCACCUUUGAAGAGUUCUUGAACAUCAUCGGAACCAGAGUUGGUGAGACCAAGACCAAGAACGGUUUGAGGGCUGUCUUCGCUCAAUUCGAUAGAGACGAGAACGGUCUCAUUGACUUCGAGGAAUUCAAAGCUAUCUCAAAGCAACUGCACGAGAACCUCAACGAUGACGAUCUUUUGGAGAUGUUGCACAGCACUCACGUCAAUCAGAAGACUGCCUCCAACGAGGGUGUCACUUUCGAUGAAUUCUACAGAAUCGUCUCCAAGUUUGCCAACAAAUGA